UCAGACAUGGCAGAUAAUGUUCUCAUAUUUUAAUUUAUACAAAAUAUAUAAAUAUGGACUUGUAUAACGUCAUGAAUUAUUUAAUUGUAGUCUCCCUUUAACUGUUACACAAGUAAAAUGUAUUUGAUCAUUGGUUUUCUUUGUCUACUUCCUUAUUUGACCAACGGUCAAGUCGAUCUUCAGUCAAUCGCUAAUGGAGAGUUUAAAAGAAUAGACGCCAACAAUGAUGGACACAUCGAGAAAGAAGAAAUCUCACAGUCUUUCCAAGCCUUUGAUAAUAACCAUGACAACAAAAUUACCAGGCACGAGUAUGAUUCAGGGGUCAACAACCUGCACCCAAACGACCCAUUCGCCGUCCACGUACUGACCGCUCUUUUCGUAGAGCUGGACUCCAACAACGACAAACAUCUGGACGACGCAGACUACGACAAAUUCUUCACCAACGCUGACACCGACAAGAACAACCUGGUCACCAGUGAGGAGUUUAUCAGCUGGUUUCAAAACGCAGAAGGACUUCCUAUUGUUGGAUAGUUAAAGUUACUCAAGAUAGAGAUCCAGGAGUAAACUACCGCAAGGGGGCUUGGUGAAUGAUACAUGACUACCUUUGUUAAAUUUUAUUUAAUAAAAUACAAAGUAUUUUUAUACAUAAUAUUUUU